AUGGAGUUGGUUCCUAUUGUUGGCUACCAUUUUGCUAAACGGUAUCGGUUUGAGAAUGCGUGGUUAAGGGAGCCUCUUUGCUUUCAACUUAUUAAGGACAGCUGGGAGCUUUGUGGGAAUGAUGAGGUUACGAAUAAAGUGAGUUUUUGUGGACAACAGUUACGUGUGUGGGGAAAGGAGUUCACGAGCAACUUCAAAGAUAGAAUUAAAAAGUGUCGAGAUGAGGUGCAAAGAUGGAAGUUGGGUCGAGAUGAUGUCUCAGUUGCAAAUUAUAAACAAGCGAAGAAGAACUUAUCCGAAGCUUAUAUUCAACGGGAGGUAUUUUGGCGUCAAAGAUCAAAGCAAUUAUGGUUGCAAGAAGGGGACAAUAAUAGCAAGUUUUUUAAUGCUUCAGCUACUAAUAGAAGACGGAAUAAUUUUGUUACAAAGCUUAAGGAUCAAUCUGGUGUUUGGGUGGAUUGGAAUAGUGGCCUAGAUCUGCUUAUGGUUAAUUAUUUCAAUGACCUUUUUUCUUUUUCUCAAACCGAUUCGAGAGAGGUUACUAGCAGUGUGAAAACCGUGUUUCUUUUGAACAAAAUGAUGAGAUGUUGCUGCCAAUUUUAG